AUGUUGAAUCAUCUGCUCCUGGUGGGCUUGGGCGUCUUGGCUGCCAAUGCGAGGGCGCACCCUCACACGGGCCUCGCGGACCUGGCCCGGUCAAGCCGCAAGACCAGCCUCGGCCGAUUUCGGAUGCCCGAGUCGGGCGUCUACGUGCCGGCUGCCAAGGUCCAGGCUGACGAGCCCGUCAUGAGCAUCGCCACGGGAGCCAGCUAUGUCGCAACCGCAGAGGAGCUGCUCAAGUCCAAAGCCCCUGGCGCCGAGUAUCGCGUCGUCAACGACCACUACGUCGGCUCCGACGGCAUCGCGCACGUCUACUUCAAGCAGACCCUGCAUGGUCUCGACAUUGACAAUGCCGAUGCCAACAUUGGCAGAGACGGCAAGGUCUUCUCCUACGGCAGCAGCUUCUUCAGCGGCGACAAGCCCGCCGACAGUCCCCUCGUCAAGCCCGAGCAUUCGCAUCCCGUGGCCGCGCUCAACGCUGCCGUCAAGGCUCUCCACCUGGCCAUUUCCACCGGCAACGUCGAGGCUCAGCCAAAAGGGGCCGGCAACAGCCAGCACUUUGUCCUCGCCGGCACGUCCGGGGCCGUGAGCCACCCAGAGGCCAAGCUCGUCUACCUGCGCCGCAGGGAUGGGGGGCUGGCGCUCUGCUGGCGAGUCGAAACCGACGUCCUCGACGACUGGCUGCUCACCUACGUCGACGCCUACCAGCCGGACAAGAUACACGGCGUCGUCAACUACGUGUCCGAGCUCACCACGUUCCAAGUGUAUCCCUGGGCUGUCAACGACCCCACGCUGGGGUCGCGGAAGAUCCUGCCCGACCCCUGGAACGCCGCCUCGUCCCCGUUCACGUGGCUGGGCGACGGCCAGCACAACUACACGACCACCCGCGGCAACAACGCAAUUGCCCAGGACAACCCGGACGGCGGGGACGGAUACCUCAGCAACCAUCGGCCGAGCAGCCCCGGCGGCAGGUUCGAGUACGCCUUCUCCCCCGCGCAGAGCAGCCCGCCGAGCUACAGAGACGCCUCCAUCACGCAGCUCUUCUACACGGCCAACAAGUACCACGACCUGCUCUACGUCCUGGGCUUCGACGAGAAGGCGGGCAACUUCCAGCAAAACAACAACGGCAAGGGCGGCAUCGGCGGCGACUUUGUCAUACUGAACGCGCAGGACGGAUCCGGCCUGAACAAUGCCAACUUCGCCACGCCUCCCGACGGCGGCAACGGCCGCAUGAGAAUGUACAUGUGGACGACGGCCAGUCCCCAGCGAGACGGCUGCUUCGACGCCAACGUCAUCCUGCACGAGUACACCCACGGCCUGUCGACGAGGCUGACGGGCGGUCCCACCAACACGGGCUGCCUGGACGGGCUCGAGUCCGGAGGCAUGGGCGAGGGCUGGUCCGACUUUAUGGCUCUUGCUGUCCAUCUCAAGUCCUCCGACACGAGGAGCAAGGACUACGGCGUCGGGCCGUGGGUUGCCAACCGACCGAAUGGAAUCCGCCAAUACCCCUACUCGACUAGCAAGACCACCAACCCCAUGACCUACGGCACCGUCAACACCCAGGACGAGGUCCACGCCAUCGGAACCGUCUGGUGCACCGUCCUCUACGAGGCGAUCUGGAACCUGAUUGACAAGCACGGCAUCACCGGCAGUGACUGGCCAGUGUUUGACUCUGCCGGAGUCCCCAAGGAUGGCCGCUAUCUGGCCAUGAAGCUCGUCAUGGGGGGCAUGGCUCUCCAGCCGUGCAAUCCCAACAUGGUGUCGGCCCGGGACGCCAUUCUCGAUGCAGACAGGGCGCUUACCGAUGGCGACAACGAGUGCGAGCUGUGGAAGGCUUUUGCUAAGCGAGGUCUGGGCCGGAAUGCACGAUAUGAAGAGAGCCAUCGCACCGAGGACUUUGGCGUUCCGGAGGGGGUGUGCAGCUCUUGA